AUGCCACAACAAGAUGAUACACCAAGAUGGCACAGCAAGAUGUUACACAACAAGCGCAGCCGCUACCCAUCCAACGCCACCGAGACCAAGCUGAUGGCUGCCACCCUGAGCCAGCUGUAUUGGUCUGCCGUCCACUCGGACUAUACCGCUGAAGAGCGAGAGAUGUGCUGGGCUUUGAUUUUGGCCUUGCCUAGCAUGUUGUUGUCUGCUCCCUCGACCGCACUGUCUACGAUUGACCUGCGCAAUAUGUUUCACGAUCGUCUCCGUUGGCUUGUGACGGGGCAACUAGGUCGGGUCGUGGACGCCAUGCGCAAGGCAGUCGCACGCAAGCAGAGCCGUCGAGGACAGCUGAACGCCGGCGCGGGCGCCCACCCGAACGACGCAGUCGACCAGAGCCUCAGAUCACUCGUCCGCGACCCGGACCUGGCGGACGAAGCCUGGGCAAACCACGUCACGAACCGUCUGAACCGAGGUCAGAUUGCCAAAGCAUUUGAUGCCGACAAGGCUCGUGCCGUGAUUGGUAAUUCUGAGGUUCAGGCCGUGCGCGACCUCUUGGUACCGCCCGGGCUGACCCCGUACAUUGCUUCGACACCCGGCCUCCACGUCUACACUGGCACCAGCCACGGCUGCGAGCUCCCCAAGCGUGUCCUUCACCAAGGGUGA